UUGAGAAUAUUAAUUUCUCAAUAAAGACGCAGGGUGGCGCUGCAGGCUAAGAUUGUGAAUAAGCGCCAAAAUACUCAAGUAUUCCUUUGUUGCAAAACGGAAUCAAAGACACACCGAAGAAGCUUUGCCAGCAGCACUGGGUUGCCAGCGAGUUUGGGCAGCAAUAUACUAAACGAUUUUAAGAUUCAAAGCAACUUUGUGAGGAUUCAACCAAGCAAGGAAUCGGAAUUGGAAAUCUCAAGCCUUUUUGUGGUUGCUGAAGGGAUUGGAGCACCCAGGCUCCAACAUGGAGACGCUAGGGAGAAUUCAACCAAACAGGCAAGUGAUGGCCUUUAUUAUGAUGGUGUUCUUGUCUCAGGCUCACCCCAAGCCUAUUCGUUAUUCUGUGCUGGAAGAAACAGAGAGCGGCUCCUUUAUAGCCCAUCUGACCAAGGACCUGGGCCUGGGAAUUGGGGAACUGGCCGCCCGGUCGGCGCGGGUGGUGUCUGACGAUGACAAGCAGCGCUUGCAGCUGGACCGUCAGACUGGAAAUUUGCUUUUGACAGAGAAACUAGACCGGGAAGAGCUAUGUGGCCCCACUGAGCCAUGUGUACUGCAUUUCCAAGUGCUCCUGGAAACGCCUGUGCAAUUUCUUGAAGGAGAAUUAUCAAUCCAGGACAUAAAUGACCACUCCCCAGAAUUCCUGACAAAGGAAAUGCUCUUGAAAAUCCCGGAAAAUAGCCAGCCAGGGACUAUUUUUCCUUUGAAACCAGCUCAGGAUUUGGAUGUGGGCAGCAAUGGUCUUCAAAAAUACACUAUCAGCCCCAGUUCUCAUUUUCACGUUCUUACUCGAAAUCAUAGUGAGGGUAAAAAGUACCCAGACUUGGUGCAGGACAAAGCGCUGGAUAGAGAGGAACAGCCUGAGUUCAGCUUAACCCUCGUGGCGCUGGAUGGUGGGGCUCCGCCUAGGUCUGGCACCAUCACGGUGCGAAUCCUGAUCGUGGACGUCAACGACAAUGCUCCUGAGUUUGUGCACACCCCAUAUGAGGUGCAGGUUCUGGAAAACAGCCCCCUAGGCUCACCAAUACUGAAUGUCUUCGCUAGGGAUGCAGAUACUGGAAACUUUGGGAGUGUUUCCUAUGGUUUGUUCCAAGCAUCAGAUGAAAUUAAACAAACUUUCUCAAUAAAUGAAGUCACAGGAGAAAUCCGACUGACAAAGAAAUUGGAUUUUGAACAAAUUAAAUCUUACCAUGUAGAAAUUGAGGCUACGGAUGGAGGAGGCCUUUCUGGAAAAGGAACUGUAUUCAUAGAGGUGGUGGAUGUGAACGACAAUGCUCCUGAACUGACCAUAUCUUCACUCACCAGCUCCAUCCCAGAAAACGCUCCUGAGGCAGUUGUCUCUAUCUUCCGUAUUCGCGAUAGAGACUCUGGAGACAAUGGAAAGAUGAUUUGCUCUAUUCCAGAUAAUAUGCCAUUCAUUCUAAAACCGACUUUCAAGAAUUUCUACACCCUGGUAACAGAAGGACCGUUGGACAGAGAGAGCCAUGCGGAGUACAAUAUCACCAUCACCGUCACCGACUUGGGGACCCCCAGGCUGAAAACCCAGCACAACAUAACCGUGCUGGUCUCCGACGUCAACGACAAUGCCCCGGCCUUCACCCAAACCUCCUACACCCUGUUCGUCCGCGAGAACAACAGCCCCGCCCUGCACAUCGGCAGCGUCAGCGCCACAGACGCAGACGCGGGCGCCAACGCCCAGGUCACCUACUCGCUGCUGCCGCCACAGGACCCGCACCUGCCCCUGNGCGUCACGCUGCACGUGCUGCUGGUGGACGGCUUCUCGCAGCCCUACCUGCCGCUGCCCGAAGCGGCGGCCGACCCGGCGCGGGCCGACGCGCUCACGGUCUACCUGGUCAUCGCGCUGGCGUCGGUGUCGUCGCUCUUCCUGUUCUCGGUGCUGGCGUUCAUCGCGGUGCGGCUGUGCAGGAGGGGCAGGGCCGCCUCGCUGGGUGGCUGCUCGGUGCCCGAGGGCCACUUUCCGGGCCACCUGGUGGACAUCGGCGGCACCGGGACCCUUUCCCAGAGCUACCAGUAUGAGGUGUGUCUGUCCGGAGAUCCUGGGACUGGUGAGUUUAAAUUCUUGAAGCCAAUAUUCCCCAACCUCUUGGUUGAAGACACAGAGAGAAAUUAAAGAAAAUCCCAAAUGCAGGAGUAACUUUGUAUUCAGUUAAGUAUUGUAUUUGUUUAAGUGACUGUCUCCUUAAUUUUUGGGAAAACUAACUCCCAUUGGAUGCAUGUUAAGAAAUUGUGUUAUCUAAAUAUGUGUCUCUAUUCCAAACCAAUGUAUAUCCCUGAUCAUGCUAAAUUCCUUCCUUUUAUUAACAUUGAUUGGACUUUGCCUUUUUAAUUACACUGAAUGGAUACUGAAUAUGCAUUUUUUCCUUGUUAGACCUUCUCUUAGUGAUUAAUCUUUCCAUAAUUAUAAAUUACUCAAUUAGUACAAGGAAUUUUGUUUAAAUCAAUUUCUUAAUAUCUUUUUAAUGAAAUAUUUUAGAGCUUUUAUGUAAUUUUGCGUUUUUAUAUAUUUGUGGUUUUUGUCUUUAUCAUAUAGCUUUACCUUUGCAAGACCAGAGUGUUUGAAAUGCUUUACAGCUAUCUAGGCCUUUCUUUUUUACUAUUCUAUAAUACCAGGCUAUGCCCCCUGAAUAACCAUAAGCAUAUAACUUAGCAUACUUGUUUGUCUCAAAUUGUACAUAAACAUGCACCUCAUUAAAAUACUAAUACACUAAAACUGUGACUUCCCAUUGUGAGCAUCAUAUAUGCUAGAGAUUUUCUUAUUUAUUUGGUUGCUAGUUACCUAACACAUUGUAAGUGCUCCAUAAAUACUAAUGUUAAAAUUAAAAUAAUUAUUCUCAUUUGUAAAUAAUAAUUAAAGAGAAAAUCUUAUAUAAUUUGGCAUCACUUUCACUAAAUAAAACUAAGUCACUGCUUAGUAAAAUCCUUUAUAAAAUAAUCUCAGAACCUUAAAUAUUGGGUUGUCGAAAAAGCCAUGAUGUAUUUUUUUCUAUGUUUUUCAUUGCAAAAAUGCAUCAUGACUUUUCUGACAACCCAAUAAAUCCUAAAUCUUUUCAGAGGAUUCAAGGUGUAGAGAGCAGAGAGCAUCAUAUACUUCCUUGUCCUUCCUUUUGUCUUAUAAAAAGAAGUUCAAGUGUAGUUUAAUGUAUGUAUCCCUUGGUUUUCCUGCAGCUUUUCCCUACUGUUCAAAAGAGUCAGAUAAUUUCUUCUGAGUUUCAGUUAUUCUGUUCAAGACUGAUUAUCAAGUGAUAUCAGAUUUUCACUUUAAGUUACUUUGCAGACAUGGACAGCAUUUAUCAACAAAAUAAUGAUUAAUUUUUGAUGUCCAAUUUAUCUUCUGUUUUGUUCUUCAACGUAGCUUUCGUAUAUUUUGUGUAAAUUUAUUUUAUCAAUUAUACUGAA